UGUCAAUACAGUACCAUUUCCCUGUCUGUUGUAUUCAGCAUCUCCUCACCAGGCAGCAGUGUAAGUCCCAGUGUUCAGGUACAUGAUGUAUCUGUCCUUCAACACAUCAGUGGCAGCACCUUUGCUGAACAGAUGCUCAUAAGAAUCCAGUGUUGUGUUUUUUUAAUUAACUUUCUCAUAUUGUCAAAUCAGGUGUUCGGGAUGCUUCUUUCUUCCCUGCACCAGGGAGAUGUUUACUUAUGUUUUCAGCAUCUUUAUUUUCAUUAUUAAUUCUGAUUUAUUGUCUUUUUUCCAACUCAUCAUGUAGGGUGGGGGUUUUUUUCGGUGUUUUUUUUUGUUUUGGUUUUUGUGUUAUUGGUGUUGUUUUUUUUUCUGCUAGUUGGGGACCUUCCUGAGUAUUCAAACCACUUUACUGCACAAACAGUUGUUUGUUUCUCUGUGGAGGUGGAAGCCGCCAAUGAUGAUGCCUUUCCUUACCCUAUUGCCAGAUGGCAUUUUGUAGUCCUGCCCUACGCAUCGCUUUAACGGAUGGUUCUUUUCCAGUUCUGUGUCUUUCUGGGAGGUGCUUCACAAUGUCCACUGAUAAUUUUCUGAUGUCCUGCAGAGUACAGGAGCAUAUUGUGUACAACAGGAUCUCUUCUAACCAGCCUUGGAAGUCUGUCUGAACACAGCAAACGUCUGCUCUCAUCACGUGUGGGGAGAUGUGUGACACUCUCUUAUCCUUCAGUGCUUUGAGGUUGCAGUAACUGUUAUAAAGUUCAGUAGAACUCACUGAUAAGGAGUAUGUUCUUAAGGAAUGCAGAUGCAGAGUGCAUUGUUUAUUUUACUGUUACCUUGAGUUGUGUAAAGUGCAUCAUCACACUCAAGCACUGAAAGGAGAACUACUGACCACUGAAGGAGCAGCAGAUGUGGCUGGAUGGGAAAACACUGGAGGGAAAAACUGUAAAGAACUUCAAAGCUGUUGCUACUUUUUGCACUCCUUAAGUGAUGUUGAAGAUCAUGGGGUACCUUAACAAUGAAAAACCCUUCGGAAGUUUGAACUCUGCUGUGCCUCACACGCCUAAAAGAGCCCAGUGUGUUCUACUGCUAAAGAAUGGGCUUCAAACUGUGUCUGGAUCCACUCAGUAAAGUCGUUUGGUAUUUUAGGUUCACGUUGUGCAACUUGGCCCUCCCCUGUGGCUUUUGGAAUCUGCUGCUCACCUUUCUUAUUCACUGAUCCCAGCAGAGGAUGAAGGACCUUAAUGUGGGCACCUGCAACUGAAGCUGGUCCCCAGCACCCUGAAGGCUGACAGCUUUGUUUCAGCAGCUGCAGACGGCGCUGUGCAGUGAGGCGUGUGUAACACCAGCCCUCGCUUUUUGGCAAAGCCAGAGCUGUUCUGUGCACAGCCUGAGUGCCAAAUCCACCCCACAGGCAGAAGGACAGAAAGGAGCUUUUGAAUUUUCCAGUGGUUAUGGUAAAAGCUCCACGUGUUCCACACACUGAAUCUUCAGGGCAUCUUAAGAACCACGUACAAUGGGCCAGAAAGAGCUGCCAGUUCAUAAUGAGUGCUGUGUGUUAGGCACACGUGGUAUUGGUUUUAGGGCAUGAUUUCUUCCUUAUAGGUUUGACUUACCUUACAAGGAUGCUAAGAAUUUCAGAGGCAAAUGUGUAUUUGUGUAGUCCCAGGCUGUCUUAUUGGAGAUGUCUAUGCUUGGCUUUCCUAUAAAUUGAGGUAUGUUAGCCUAAGCAGGUUAUGAUACUGAUGUGAUUGUAUUUCUCCCUGCGUUAUAGAGAAAGACAUGCUUUGUUCAUCAACAUGCCGUUGAAUUUAAGACUCUCCUAAGGGAACUGUGCAUGAAUGUUGGGCUCUGUUUAGCUCAGUGGGACAAAAUGAGAUGUAGGAAUGUCAUAGGUCAUCAGAAGAGUAAAGGAGAGGCACUUGGAAGAAUCAGGCAGGAACAGUUAUUAGUACGUGGCGGUUAAACCUUCAUUGCAGCUGUGUGCUUCUUCGAAAAGUCACCAUUCCUAGUUAUCUUCAGACUUCUUUCAAAAUAGGAAAAUGCUGCUUUUUUAUAAAUAGGUCAGCUGCCAUCAGCAACAUCUGCAGGAGCUGAGGGUGCUGUGCAGAUCAGAGUUGUAUCAGCAGUUCAGCUCUUGGCAGCAGUUGCACAGUGAGCCUGGAUGAAGCAAGCAUGAAAAUUCAGGGGUUUCUGUUUCUCAGUAGGAUUCUCAGCAAGCCGAAACACAUUUGUAGCGUGGAUGGUGGAAUUCUUGGAGCAUUCAGCACCGCACUGCAUCCAGCCUGGUUGUGUUGGAAACUUAGGGCUCUCUCCCACGAGGUUCUUUGUAAGGAUGGGGACUGGAGAAGGUGCUUUGUGAGGACAGCUGGGCUCCUUCUGCCAGAGUAGCUCACACCACUGACAGCUCUGGGAAAGCAGAAAAAGGUGUUGAACAACUGAAGAAACUGGCUCAGUAAAACAUCAUCUUUCGCCUUCCUCACUGAAAGGCAGUACAGUUGCAGUCCCAUCAGAGCAGAUUAUGGCUAUACUGAGCUCUGUGCAGAAUAGUUCUUGGCUUGGAUACAGCGACUCAGGCAGAAUGGUGGUGGAUGUGGACUUUAAAACAGUGUCUCAACAUUUCAUCCUCAACUGUCCCUUUUUAAUCUGAUUGCACUACAAAAGAAAAGCUGCUAAUGGGAUAAAUGUUGAGACGUUACAAGAACUGACUUGAAGUACCAAAAGCCAUUAUUAUUAAUCAAGAAGAGCUUGAAGCUAAGUCUGUAUCUGACCAGUCAGUAUCACUUUCACCUAACAGGCAUGGCAAGUAAACGAAAAUCAACAACACCGUGCAUGGUCUUAGCCAACGAGCAAGAUCCGGAUCUGGAAAUGGUAUCAGACUUGGAGGAAGGACCACCUGUAGUCACGCCAGCAGAUAAUAAUCCUACAGCAGAGAGCAUAGCAAGUGAAGAGGAUGUUCAUGAGAGUGUGGAUUCAGACAAUCAGAAAAGUACAAAUAAAGUAGAAGGUGGUUAUGAGUGUAAAUAUUGUACUUUUCAGACUCCAGAUCUCAAUAUGUUUACUUUCCAUGUGGAUUCAGAACAUCCCAAUGUAGUAUUAAAUUCAUCCUACGUUUGUGUAGAAUGCAAUUUUCUUACCAAAAGAUACGAUGCUCUCUCAGAACAUAAUUUGAAGUACCACCCUGGAGAGGAGAAUUUUAAGUUGACCAUGGUGAAACGUAACAAUCAGACAAUCUUUGAACAAACAGUAAAUGAUCUCACUUUUGAUGGGAGUUUCGUUAGAGAAGAAAACGCUGAACAGGCUGACCCUUCUGAGGCCCCCUCCGCGGGGAUCUCCAUUAGCAAAACUCCUAUUAUGAAAAUGAUGAAAAACAAAACAGAGACUAAACGCAUCGCUGUUUUCCACAGUGUGGUCGAUGACAUUCCUGGUGAAGAGAAGGGAAAGGAAAAUGAGCCAAACUCCGAAGAAGCAGCAGAAAACCAACCAGCACCGGCAGUUUCUGAGUCCAAAGCGAGCCAUUCGGUUGUUUGCAGUGCAGCCGAUGUAGCUAGCACGGUUGUGACCCCAGUGAUUCAGCCUGGGGUGGCACAGGUUAUAACAGCUGUUACAGCUCCACAGAACUCAAACCUGAUCCCCAAAGUCCUGAUACCUGUAAACAGCAUUCCAACCUAUAAUACUGCUCUGGACAACAAUCCUCUUUUGCUCAACACCUAUAACAAAUUCCCGUAUCCAACCAUGUCGGAGAUCACCGUUCUUUCCACUCAAGCUAAGUACACAGAGGAACAGAUUAAAAUCUGGUUUUCUGCCCAACGUCUGAAACAUGGUGUGAGCUGGACACCAGAGGAAGUGGAGGAAGCAAGGAGGAAACAAUUUAAUGGCACAGUGCAUACUGUGCCACAGACAAUUACCGUUAUUCCGGCGCACAUUUCCACUGCCAGCAAUGGUUUACCUUCAAUUUUACAGACAUGCCAAAUAGUUGGUCAGCCAGGACUUGUUCUCACUCAAGUUGCAGGUGCAAAUACGUUACCAGUCACGGCCCCAAUAGCUUUGACUGUAGCAGGAGUCCCAAACCAAACCCAGCUACAGAAGAGUCAGAUUCACACUGCUCAGCCUAUCGCAGAAACCAAACAAGUCGCUGCCGUUCCAGCCCCUCAGCCUAUCAAAAAUGAAACUGCACUAAUGAAUCCCGAUACCUUUGGCAUGCGAGCAAAAAAAACAAAGGAGCAACUGGCAGAAUUAAAGGUCAGCUACCUUAAAAAUCAGUUUCCUCAGGAUUCAGAAAUCAGUAGGCUUAUGAAAAUAACAGGCCUGACGAAGGGAGAGAUCAAAAAGUGGUUCAGCGAUACACGCUACAAUCAGAGAAACUCAAAGAAUAACCAUGGGAUUCAUCUCAACAGUGACUCAUGUGCCACCAUCAUUAUCGAUUCAAGUGACGAAAUGAAUGAGUCCCCAACAGGAGUUGCUCCACAGAACAAGCCGUCCUGGAGUGCAUUUCCUGACUUCACCCCACAGAAGUUCAAAGAGAAGACUGCUGAGCAGUUGCAAGUCCUCCAAGCAAGUUUUCUUAAUAAUCCUGUCCUUACUGAUGAAGAGAUGAAUAGGUUAAGAGCCCAAACCAAACUUACCAGGAGAGAGAUUGAUGCCUGGUUUGUGGAAAGAAGGAAAUCUAAUGUCUUAAAGGAGGAGGGAACUGAGAUGAAUGAGAGCAAUGCCAGCAGCUCGAAAGAAGAAGCUGGAGAAACAUCUGCAGGGGAUGGAACAGCAGGGUCAAAAUCAGGGGGCUCUGCUCCAAGCAAAAUAGGCAAAAAAUCACCAGAGCAGUUGCACAUGCUUAAAAGCUCCUUUGUUCGUACUCAGUGGCCAUCUCCACAAGAAUACAACAAGCUGGCAGAAGAAACAGGGCUCCCAAGAUCAGAAAUUGUGAGUUGGUUUGGAGAUACUCGCUAUGCCUGGAAAAAUGGGGGAUUGAAGUGGUAUUAUUAUUACCAGAGUGCCAAUGCAAACAGUCUGAAUGGCCAGGGCUUCUCAAGGAAGAGAGGGAGAGGAAGACCAAAGGGGCGAGGAAGAGGGAGGCCUCGAGGGAGGCCUCGGGGAAGCAAGAGGUUAAAUUGCUGGGACCGAGGCGUGUCUGUCAUAAAAUUCAAAACUGGAACAGCAAUCCUGAAGGACUACUAUAUGAAGCACAAAUUCCUUAAUGAGCAAGACCUUGAUGAACUUGUAGCUAAAUCUCACAUGGGGUAUGAGCAGGUCAGAGAGUGGUUUGCAGAAAGGCAGAGAAGAUUAGAACUCGGAAUAGAGCUGUUUGAGGAGAAUGAGGAGGAAGAUGAAAUGUUGGAAGAUCAGGAAGAUGAAGAGGAAACGGAUGAUAGCGAUACUUGGGAACCCCCACGACAUGUUAAGCGUAAACUUUCAAAAUCAGAUUGAUGUGCAGUUUGGAACCUGGGAGCCAAAAACCCGUGAAUUAGGUUUGAUGUUAUGGUGAAGAGCCAAACAGUUUUUCACGGCCUUCAGCUUCAGCAAGCACCUGCUUAGCAUCUUCGUUGCACCUGAAGGAACGUGGGCAAGAUGCUGUCUGCGCAGGCAACAGAUAUUUGCUUCCUUGCUACCAGAGAUGGAUGUCCUCGGGCCUAGCUGAGCAUGUGGGGUUAUAAAUCAGCGCCAGUUCAGCUCCUCCUCUUCCACGUGACCAGUGGGAAGGUUCAUCAUUCACGUGACUGCUUCUCAAUAUUUAAUUGCCUUAUCUUGUUUAAUUCCAAAAAACAAACCACAGACACAUUUUUUUGUUGUUGUAGGAGAACAUUACCUGCUCGCAAAGGAGGAAAAUGCAAAAACCUAAGAUCUCUUUUUGCAAACAUCACUUCACCUGAAAGGUUUCAAGGCCUGGGUUUAUUUCUUAAGGAAAGAAUUCAAAAGAGAAGGGGAAAAGUGUGACAAAGGAAUCAAUGAACAUAGGGGUGAGGAUUGCUUGGUUUAAGAAAAUGAGGUGAUUUUGGCACCUUUUGCGUAUCUUCAGAGUGUUUUGGGUUUACAGAACUUGUGUUGAAAUGUUUCUUGCUGAUAAUUACAAGCUAACUGAAUGAGUUUACUGCUAGAAAAUGCUUUUUGUUAAAUUUAAUCAGCAUAUCUUACAUCAGUUUAAUUUAAAUGCCUGGCAGACUUGAUGCAGUUGAUAGUAACGUUCAUUUUUAGCUUGUGCAUUCUUUACUUUUUUGGAAAAUGGUUAGAAGCUAUGUGUAUUUCUAACGAACAUGAGUAAUUUCUUGAAAUCUUACACUGUAUUUUAAGGUAAAUGUGAGGUGGGAACUGCCUAAAAGUCGUUCACCAUUGCUUAGGGUUUUGUAUGAAUACACAGAUACAGAGAUGAAAAGUGUCUUCAGGUGCUAGCAAGAAAGGUUUUCAAGUAUGCGGUGGCAGUGACCUGCUUUUUAAUUUUCAAGCAAAAUGAAGCUAUAUGCCUUUUAGGUGCUUAAGAAUGAGAAACAAACCAGUGUUCAACUGUUUGUUAAUGGUAGCCCAAUUGAAUGUUUUGCGUGCAAGUUUAACUUAAAAUUCAUCCUACUGAAUUGAGCUCACCGAUAUAACAGCCCUGUUCUUAGGGCUGUUGGGUGAACACUUAUUUGUAGAGAUGGUUUCAUCUACGUGAACUGAACUUCAAAAGUAGUCUAAUCUGAUAGGGAACAUCUGCAUCUUGAGUAAGUGCUUAUGUAUAUAUAUAUAGAAUGGCUUUUUAUAUGUGUAUAAAAAGCCAUUCAAUUUCAAGGUAAUGAAAUAGUGGCAUAACCAACUUAAAAAUAAUGGGCCAAAUUCAUGAAAGCUAGGCUAUGCAGAUAUCUGACAUCAUAGAAAACUGGUACUCCAAGAAGAGUAGUUUGUGUUCUGGCUUCUGUCAGUCUGUAUUUUUUAGGGGUGAGUUAUAUUUAGACAUCAAAAAUGGAUGAUGAGUUGGUGCUGCUGUCACCAGCAUUGUCUGCUUUACAUGGGCACUAACAGGAACUAUCCUAGUAGCUCCCUUUACACCUCCGCCAACAUCUUCUCUGCAGGCAUUUGCAUCUAUUGACCUACAAGAGAGAUUAGCGUGGAGAAAAUGUUCCCUAAUACUUCUACAUCUCCAAGAAAUACUCUUUCUUCCUUACUGUGAUAACUGACUGUCCAGAGUCCAAGGAAAUGCUUUCAGUGAUGAUUUUCCAAAGCAGAGGAGUUCAUGUUAGAUCUGUUUUUCAUGUCAGAUUGUGAGUGAAACCUGGGUGAAAAAAAGAAAGGGGAUAAUGUCUGACCAAAAAAAAAAAACAAAAAAAGAAGUGUUGUUAACUUACCUGACUCACCUUCCUCCCUGCACACGUGUAGCUACCUUUCUGCUCUCUGAUUGAAUGGGCUGCCUGAAUUGCAAGAUGAUGUUCCGCUUAAAAGCCUUUUUCUGACCUUCUGAGAUUGCUAGAAAUACUGAUGUGUGUGACACAGUUUUGGUUAUCAAACUGUUUCCUGGCAUCCAAGACUCAGGUCAGUGAAACCAAGGCACAAAGCAGCCAACAGUGUGAUGCCUUUAUCUCUUGAUGCUUAUCACUGUGAGGACAAGCCUAGAAUCCCUCAGCUUGACUUUGGGGUGGGAGAGAAGCAGAGCUUUGUUGGCAGUGUUUCUCUGGAGUGCUGUGACUUUGGGUGCAAGGUGGUGUAAGAGAGAUCAGGAUCUGGGUUUCCAGCAUGAAUUGCUACAGUGACAAGGAAGUAGAGAAAGAGAUGCUGUUUUUAAAUUUAUGAAAAAAUUAAGGCUAAUCUUUAAACUGCUUGGGAAUAUGCUUUUAGCAACCAAAAUCUGGAAUUGCCUUAAAUCUUAAGGACAAGCCAGAAUUAAUUUUCUUUCCCCCCCAAAAAGACCCAAGAAACCUGUCUAAACAUCCCCAUUUUUGUUAGCAGAGACUUAAUGUAGGUUAUCACUGCAUUGAACCUUCUUUAGAAGAUGGGAAAAAUAAGGAUCCAAGUUAAUUAUAUGAUUAAACUGGGAAAUUUUCCAUUUUGGCAGUGUUCUGUUAAAUAACACUCAAUUAUAAUGGUAGGCCUUAGUACAUCUGAUCUCAAAAACACAGGAAAAGGAAAUGCAUUGUUUAUCAGACUAAAUAUAGUUGGAUUGGGUAUCUUCUUUCCAUAAAAUGGUCAGAGGGGAUGGCUGAUGUAUCUGGAUUUUCAAACACUGUAAACAUUACAGUUCUUUGUAUUCCAGUGGUUUUAACAGUAUUUGCAGCCCAUUGAGACCCCAUUUCAGAAUGCAGAUCUGAAUUAAACAAGCUCUGGGUUGGAUAAUGAGAGAUGCAGGGUACCCACAUUUCCUCUAGGCUAGAUGCACAUUAUAAGUCUUUCAAUUAUGCCAAGGGUGAGAAGAAUCUGUGUGAGUUCAGAUCUGAAAACAUCAGUUGUAUGCACUUAUUAUUACUUAUAAUCUGUUUUGUUUUAAAAGAAGAAUCCAUUAAUUACCAGUUUAUUUCAUGUUUACAGCAUGUAUGUAUUUGCACUGUGUACUGUGGGAGAGAGGGAGACACCUUCCAGAGGCCUCCUGCAUCAGAAAUGACAAGAAAAGCACUGGAAAGAGCUGUCAGCGUGCUGGUGGCUGACAGGACGGACUGCUUUGUCUGUAACUUGUGGUCGUGGCUGGUUGGAGUUCAAAACUGCUGGUGACUGUGGUUAGUCCAGAUUCAUCUCAUCUCAUGUUAGGCUGCUGUGCUCCUUACCAUGGUGCCCAAGGCAUACUGCAUAGUCUGAGAGAAAUAGAAAUUGUCGAGGGGAUACAGCACAUCUUCAUUCUCCCCCUGAAUUGACGAGAGCAUCAGUUCCUCUGGAGCGAAAGUUGAGCUUUCUCUUUCAUCUGCUGUCUCUGCCAAGAGUACCUGAUGUUACGAUGCUAGUCAAUGCUGUCUUUGAAAUAAAGUUAACUGAGGAUGAAGGUAAUCCUUUGCUAGAGUCGAGAGGGAGAAGGGCUAAAAGCAAGCAAGCAGUAUCACAGCUGGUGAGCCAUCCACUGUCCUUGGCCACGGUGCUUCAUAGCAUGUUCUGCUCUUGCUUCUGAGUACAAUGGAAAGCACAGUUCUGUCUAAGUAAUGCUGGCUUCCCAGUGACACCCUCUUAAUAACCCCAAGAUUGUUGUGAGUUAUAAAAAGAAAGUCAGAGUUACUCUCCCUUGCUUUGAAUGAACUAAGGGAGUGCUUGUGUGGUGUGCAAAGAAGGGAAAAUGCAGAAUCUUGAAGAGACUGCCUGUUGCUUGCCCUGCAGAAUUCACUUACCUAGAACUUGCUGAGCAAAACAAAUGUCACUCUUGCUGUUUUGACAGAACAAGUGUUGCAGUCUUUCGUGUUUAGCAAGUAGAAAUUUCUGCUUUGAUUUGAAAGCAAAAGAAAGAUAUCUGGCACCUCAUGAUUAGAAUUUACUGGAUUAUCUCUAAUACACCUUAGUAAAUUAGGCCAUUUGAUUUUUCAGCUUUGUCCAAUAAUGAUUUUAAAACUUUUUUUUUUUUUCUUUUUUCCACAGCAUUAUAUGCAGUAUUGUUUCUGUCUGUAACUUUGAAGGAAACUCAUGCAGAAUCCACACAUGGCAUGAAAUGUUUUUUCUCAUGCAUGACUUCCUGACUUUGGGCAAAAGCCUGUUUUCUUCCUGCUCACCACGGCAGGCAAAUACACUCCCUUCUCCUCCUCAGAGCAGAAAAAGGACUUUUGAAGCCCAUGCAAAGUGAUUCACAGCGCGAUGCAGUCCCAAAGGCCAGAAAGCCCCAGCAUGCAGACAUUCUCCUCCUCCUUCUCUAUUUUCCUCUGAAAUGAGAGCACAGCAGUAACUCUGACAACUGGUCUCUGGCUGCUGAGUAAUAAGCUGUAGUUUAAGGUCAGGAGUAUUUUCCCUUUUGCACUUAAUGGAGUACUGUGUAUUCGAAUUGGAUCUCAGUGUUUGCUUUUGUAGAUACGACGGUCCCAAUUUGCAUCCUCCACCACCUCCUCCUCUCUGUAUAUUCAUAUCUCCCAAGGAGAGAAGAUAAUUGUUAAGAUUCUGUAAUGUUAAAUAUCCCUGCCCUUACCUGAAUACACACAAAUGUAGAGCGCAAUGAAAUAUAGUUGCUUUCUUUAAUUUAUUAUUUAUUGGAAGAUAAUUUUGCCUGCAUUUAGUAAUGAAAAUAUAGUAUUGAUGAAAGAACAGUAAAACAGUUGAGAGGUGUUCACAGUGCCUGUGAUGAUCAUAUAAAUUCCGGAUGGGAAGGGCAAGUGCAGGGCUCUGUUCCCUGCCCUGAGCAGUGCUGCAUUAUGCCUGUGUUCUCCACCAGGCUUUUGAUAUCCUAGGGCUGAGCAGAUGUGGUAUGUGGCAUGACACAAACUUGUUGGGUCAAGUGACUUAAGGUUUGUGAUGUAUUAAAACUAGGUAGGAAAUGAAAGCUGUAGCAGAAGGCGAACAUUUCUAUAACUGUACGUGCUCAGUAGCUUGAAUUUGUGUAUUAUUAUCUCACUUUUGAAAAGGGAGGUUUUGAAGCACAGGCAGUUUGUAGACAAUAUUUUCGAGCUUUUGGGUUUUUUCCUUCUACAGUGAAGAGCAUCUGCAUUUUUUUCAGUGGCUACUCAUUUAAGAAUGACUUAAUGCAGCAUUUAAAAUGUGGAAUGGUAACUGUGGAUCCCACGGCACUUUUCAUGAAUUAAGGUGGGAUUCACCUGAUUGUAUGUCAAUGUCUGCACGUGAGCAAGGCACCGCAGCAGCUGAUGGGUAUAGCUAACGAGUGCAUGUCAGCAGCUCAUCCUGACUGCCUACAAUCGAUCAGACGAGCUGCACCCUAAACUCCACUGACUGUUACAAGUGGCUGGCAGACACUGGAGCCAUCUGAAGUUAGGUGAGAUGCAGCCUCACCUUGGAGCGUGCUGGCUGGCUGGCAGCACUGGGCGUUGUGCCCCGUUAGGCUCUCCUUGUGGUUAGCCGUGGUUCUGUCCUCCGCUGCCCACCUGGUGCAUGUUGGGAGGUGUGAGGCCUUGCUUUGGUUUUGGUUGUUAUUCUAGAGCAGGCAGCACUGCAGUGGUGGAUAAAGAAACUGAUCCUUGGUUGAAGAACUGUGGCGUAAACAUGGCUUGGGGGUUUCUAAAGUUUUUGAGAACCUUACUAUAUGAACAUCGGAUUGUGCAUAUCUUAAAAUGUGGUAAGACAAGUAAGGCUUGUGUCCCCACUGAUCAAAGCAUUUCCUUACACUUAGUCAGUAUUAGAUAUCUAUAAUGAAACUUACUGUAAAGAAUCUGCCAGAAUGACGGAAGAUUCGAGUUGUCUUCAUUUGUGAUACAAAACAACCAACCACAAGAGCUCCACUGCGGUUUGGAAAUGUUCCCCAUGCUUCCAGUUCCAGCUUACAGAAGCAUUUCCAAUUCUGCUUAGUUGGUUAUCUGCAUGUAUGCUUACAGUUUGUACAGAAAUGCACUAAAAAUGAGUUGCCCGACCCGGGAAGGCUUUAUAUUGUAUAGAAAAUGUGGCACUAGGUACUGCUCUUCAUGUGCACAGGAGAGUUAACAGGUGUCGAUCUCGUUUACAGAAAUGAUGGAGCUUUGCAAUUUUCUAUAAUACAUUGCAAUAUAUUUAAAUGUCCUGUUUGACAUGUGAAUUGAAAUUAAGUUAAUGCAUCGUUAUGUAUUUGAAUAUGAGGAAGACGAUUCACUAACGACCAGCAAGGUUUUUAGAAGGUGUCCAGUAUGUAGCAGUCUGUGUGAUCUGUCUGGUGUAUGUGAUGUUGUUAAAGGAAGCAACACUACUAGUAUCGUUUAGAAUUAAGAGCUUCUUACGAGUGAUGCAAUAGCUUACAGUGUCUUUCCUUUGUAGCUGCCCAAUGUGGUGAAGGGGAAGCAGUUGUUGAAAAAGUUCAAGAUAACUGGUUAACUGUGAAUGGGCCUAAUCUUUCGUGAAACCAAGAAAAUAUUUGGACACACACAGGACUUGAAUACUCAAAAGGAUUGGAACUUAGUGUUGUGCCAAAGUUAAACUACUGCAGUUGGCAGAAGUUCUGCACUGUAAAUAGAAGACUGAUUAAAAGACAGCUUGUAAAAAAGAAAAAAAGAUCAAAUUUUAAUACGCUACGUUUUUAUUCUGAUACAUGACGGAAACAUUCUGUUUUAGACCUUUUUUGAAGAGGCUUCAGUGACCACUAGAUUUUGUCCUCUUAUAUUUUGUUUGGCCUAAUACUAUAUGUUCUAGUAAGAUGGGCUUCACUGCCUGUGUUCUUUGAUACGUGAUUAAGCUUAUAGCUUUGAGUGACCAAACAUUUUACAGAGUAAAAGUUCUUAGAAACACUAUAACGUAACUGAUAUUUCUGUGUCUUAUUUAUCAGGCUCUGCACAAACUUGGGAAGUUGUGCUGGACUUGUACAACUUACAUGUGGGAACGCAGCACACUGCUUGGUAUUACAAAGCUAAGCCUUUGAGGCAGUACGGAUCUUGUCUUUGGAUUUAUUUUUGUUAUUUUUUGAGGCAAUGAGAUGAACGGAUGCUGCUGUAAAAUAUUUGUAAUAUUGCCAUUAUUGCUUUCUGUAGCAACUACUGCUUUUGUUUCAACAGAUAAAGAAAAUAAGUCAGAGAUAGAAAAAUCCCAAAAGAAGCCGGUAGAAGAAAGGAUCACGUGGGAACUUCUGAAAAUAAACUUUGUACCAAAAAAUUUGAAAACAGAAAUAAUGGAAUAAAUGUCUCCUUACUGAC